AUGGCUGAUCUAUCAUCCGGCUGUGUGGUCUCUCUCACGGACGGCAGGCAGGCCACCGUUCGGUAUAUUGGAGCUACGCACUUCGCCGGCGGCGAAUGGAUUGGAGUCGAAUUGGACGAUGCUACCGGCAAGAAUGAUGGAUCCGUGCAAGGAGAGCGCUAUUUCGAUUGUGAAGCUGGCUUUGGGAUGUUCGUUCGGCCAUCUGCUGUCGCCACAGUCAUCGAACAGCCCGCCCGAACUGCGAAGCCAGCACCAAAACCAACCCCCCCGGCAGGCAGAGGUCGAGCCCAAAGUGGUAUAUCUACAGGCGCAGGAUUUAAAAAGCCCGGUUCUAUAUCAUCCUCGAAUAACAAACGCCAUAGCGCCGGCCCUUCCAGUCCGACACCUGGCCCGAAAGGCGUCGCGCAGCGGUUCUCCCUGAAAUCUCCCGCCAAGUCGCCCACAAAGCAGCUAUCGACCUCCUCCACUCCUCUCUCUAGCCGUUCGUCAAUUAGCGGCCCACCGCGACCAUCUGCCGUCGCACCGAAAGCCCGCGCUACAGGCACCAAGACUUCUAUGGGCCCCCCACCUCCCUCGGCCGCAUCUCGUGCCUCCCGGGCAUCUAUACAGGGACCUACAAGAAAAGCGAGUAGACAAAGUCUCCAAGGCCCUCCGGGAUCGUCAACUUCAGCGCUAUCGAAACGCCCGGUUUUAAGGCCAACAGCCCCUAAUAGAGCUUCGGAGGAAGUAGAGGACAGUGGGGCCCAACCAUCAGAUCCAGAUCUUGAUUCUCAAGAUGCCGAGGGUGAUGUUGGCGAUACCGGGGAGUCGGUCCCCAAAGUGUCUAGGCCUACACCAGGCGCCUUGCGAAACAGUUCUACCCGACCAGGACCCGUUCCAUCCUCCUCGCAGCGGUCAGCUCAGAGCAGCGCAGUAGUUAGGGAGCUCGACGAACUGAAAACCAAAUUGAAGGUGAUGGAGAAGAAACGAUCCGACGACCGAGAGAAGUUGAAGGCUUUGGAGAACUUGCAGUCAGAUCGGGACAAGUUCGAGGGUAUCAUCCAAAAGUUGCAGGCAAAGUAUCAGCCACAGCAGCUUGAAAUAACUGAUUUGCGCAAGAAACUAAGAGAUACGGAAGCGAGACUGGAAGAAGUCGAACGACUCCAGGCAGAACAUGAGUCGCUAAUGGAAAUGGCGACUCUUGACCGUGAAAUGGCAGAGGAAACAGCCGAUGCCUUCAAGCAUGAGUGUGAAACACUAAGAAUAAAAGUCGAAGAACUCCAGUUAGAGGCCGAAGUCUUGCGUGAAGAGAACGAGGAACUUGGACAGGUCAUGAGCCCAGAGGAGAAGUCCAGUCAUGGAUGGUUACAAAUGGAGAAGACCAAUGAACGACUUCGCGAAGCCUUGAUCCGUCUUCGUGAUAUGACCCAACAGCAAGAGGCGGAGCUAAAGGACCAGAUCAAGGAACUCCAGCAGGACCUGGAGGACUAUGCAGCGAUUAAGUCCCAGUAUGAGUCUACCAAGGAGAAGCUGCUUGUAUCGCAAAACAACGUCGAAGAUCUCAAACAGCAGCUCGAGACAGCCCUCGGUGCCGAGGAGAUGAUCGAAGAGUUGGCCGAUAAAAAUAUGCGCUAUCAGGAAGAGAUCAACGAGCUCACUGCCGCAAUUGAAGACUUGGAGGCGUUGAAGGAAAUCAACGAUGAACUGGAGUGGAACCACAUUGAGACGGAGAAACAGUUACAAGAGGAGAUUGACUACCGUGAUACCCUUUUCACUGAACAGACUCGAAAGAUUUCUCAGCAAGACGAAGCUAUAGAAGAUUUGGAAUACACGCUGGUUCGCUUCCGAGAACUUGUCUCUACAUUACAAGCAGACCUGGAAGAUAUGCGGGCUUCUCAGCAGAUCUCGGAAGCGGAGGCCACGGAUCUUACAGCGCGCUCUCGAGCUAUGAUGGAUCUAAAUUUGAAGUUGCAGGCCUCAGUUGCAAAAGCACAAACAAAAACAAUCGAUAUCGAACUCAGUCGGAUGGAUGCCGAGGAAGCUGUUCAGCAUUUGUCUAUUCUAAAACUUUAUCUUCCUGAAUAUUUUGAGAGUGAGCGCAACUCUGUUCUUGCCCUCCUACGGUUCAAACGCGUUUGCUUCAAGGCCUCCCUCAUGAAUAACACCAUCCGAGAGAUAAUAUCUGAGCAAGCGUCGGUAUCCCCUGCGUUAGAAGAUGUCUUCACCGCUCAUGACGUUCUCGAAAAACUUCUCUGGAUAGCUUCCCUUUGCGAGCGGUUUGUGAACUACAUCAAUAGCUGCCCGGCAGAGAGCUUUGGAAGUGUCCAAGGCGCAUUAUUCGAGCUCGAACCAGUGGAACGCGCGCUCAACUUCUGGCUCGAAAGCUUGAAGAAGAAUGAGAUGAACAUGAAGAAGUGUGCUGUGGAACUACAAAGAUCGAUCGCUCUACUAUCACACCUUGCUGAGACUCUUAUUCCUGCUUCGCUUGAGGCUUUUGCUGACGAACUCUGCAUGCAAUCGAUACUAACACAGUCGUACAUCGAUCAUACUGCCUCAUCCAUGUCACGGCUUCUUGCUGUGCUCCAAUCAAAACUUUUAAUUCCAGAGGGUGGUGAUGAGGAAGCCACAUUCCUUUUCAGCAAGAUCGAGAGCUUUGUAUCCCAAGCACGGGGCUUGAAAGUUUUCAUGGGGAAAAUCUAUCGAUCUGUUGAUGAGUUGCGGUCAAGAUCUCUUGCUCUUUCACACGACGUUUCCGGAUCUUUCAAGCAGGCAGAAGAAGCAUCUAAAGAUCUUUCAAGCUUAACUCGACAGCUAGGAGAAAACAUGGUACUACUAGUCAUUGAUGACAGCCGCACGGAACCCAUUUCCUUGGGUGAGGCUUUAAGCCACAUGGCCCAGAUCUCAGCGCUCUACGCCCAGUCCUCGGGUUCUGGAAGCGAUAACAGUGAUGCUAUGACCUACCUCUUCACCAUGCUGCGCAGUCUAGGCGGUACUCUAGAAGAACUGGGUUCUAUUGCGUCAGAUCUAUCCAUAACGUCUGAGUUCGAGAAACACUCGGCUCCCUGGAUUGCAAGAUCGGAAGAGCUCAAGUCCAACAAGACAAUCUCUCCGGAUGCAGAUGAAGAAAUCCGUCGCUUGAAAAACGAGCUCCAUGAAGCAUCGACAGCCUUGGGAGUCAAGGACAAGACUAUUGAAGAGCAAACCAUCAAAGUCGAGCUCGUCGAAUCACGCAUGCGUGAAGCAAGCAAAAAGGCUGCUGCUGUAAAGGAGCUGGAAACCAAGAUCGAAGAGAUGAAGACAAAGGAGUCAGAUCUGGAAGCCGUUGUGGAAAAGCAACACAAAAGCUUUCAAGCCCUCGAGGCGGAACGCGAUGACAUCAAAUCUCGGCUUGAUAGAGUCAAACGAGUCUCUGGAACUCCCGGAGCAGCUGCAACUGACGGUGUCGUUGUCGACAGCGCUGUUUCCCUGGCCACCAUGCGGGAGAACGAAGCACUCCGCGCCGAAGUGGAGAGCCUCCAAGCCGCCGUACGCUUCCUCCGCGAAGAGAACCGGCGCUCCAGCAUCCUCGACCCAUACUCCGUCCAACGGUCUACAGAAAUGUACUCGUGGCUUGAAGCACCACUCACGCAAACACCCAACCCCCAACGGGAAAAGAUCCAACAAACCGCCUCCGAAAGCCGAGACAUCCUCACACACCUCCUCAAGCUCACGCAGGAAUCCAACAUCUGCGACCUCAAGUCCACAUCCGCAUCAGCAGAAAACCGUACCGCGUGGCGCCCAGCAAAGACCAAACCCCGCUACCAAGUUCUCCAACAACGCGAGAAUUUCGAGCGUUGGGCUGAAUGGCGCGACGACAUCGUCGCCCACGAACGAGAACAGGAUCGGGUCGUGGCUGCGAAAAAGGAACGACUUUCUCGUCAUCGAGUUACGGAACAUACCUCACAUAACUCCUCCGUCUUUGCUACUGGGUUUUCUCAAGGCAUGGGACACGGAGUGAUUGGUCGAGCGUGGCAAAUGCUCGGCAUGGAGCAGGACGGCCGCAAAGCUACCGAGAAGCCUGUUACAGAACCUGCUAUUGCACCGACGUUCUAA